AUUGGUGGAGUCGUUGUUGACAAAUCGGUGAUUAUGAAAGUUGCUGGGUGGGAACUGUAAUUAUAACUCUGUAACACACGACAUGUUAACAGUCAGCCUGGUGUUAUGUGAGCGGUUUGGCAACAGGGGACCAUGUUUAAGUUCUGUCGAGUAGUAUUUUGACACACUGCGUGGGUCUUGUUUCGUCAGGUUAAUGCUAAGCCUUAGCUUGCUGGCUAACAGCUACUGAAGCUUAACUGACACAUGGGACACGAGAGAACCGAGCUGUAACAUGAGCAUGACAGCACACCAGGCAACCUGCUGACACUGGAGGGACGAUCCGCAUGAUGGAGGUGACAGGCGGAACUACAAACUUCAACUUUUCAUAUGAGGAGGAGGACCCGGACUCUUCUGCUGUGUCAGGCACCAUGAGCGUUGACAGACUCUUCCCGGCUCUCUUGGAGUGCUUUGGGAUAAUAUUAUGUGGAUACAUCGCAGGGAGGGCAAACAUCAUCACAUCCACCCAGGCCAAAGGAUUAGGAAAUUUUGUGUCCAAGUUCGCCCUCCCAGCACUGCUGUUCAAGAACAUGGUCCUGUUAGACUUCGGUAACGUCAUCUGGCCAUUCCUAUGGAGCAUCCUCAUCGCCAAAGUGUGUGUGUUUCUCCUUGUGUGUGUCCUCACGUUGGUAGUUGCAAGUCCUGACAAUCGCUUAAGCAAAGCUGGGAUUUACUCAAUAUUUGCCACCCAAAGCAAUGAUUUUGCUCUGGGAUAUCCCAUAGUUGAGGCCCUGUAUCAGAGCACAUACCCAGAUUACCUUCAGUACAUCUACCUGGUUGCACCUGUGUCCCUGAUGAUUCUAAAUCCCAUUGGCUUCGUCUUCUGUGAGAUCCAGAAGUGGAAGAAUCAGGAAAACCACCAGCAGAGCAAACUACUGAUUAUGGGACUCGUGGUCUUAAAGGUCUUGAAGAACCCCAUAGUAUUCAUGGUUAUCAUCGGCCUCAUCGCCCACUUUGUCCUACAACAGAAAAUUCCUGCUUUCAUGUCCCAGUUUGUGGAUGGUUUGGCAAACUCUUUUGGGGGAGCAGCUCUCUUCUACCUCGGUCUGUCCAUGGUGGGUCAGUUAAGGAAACUCACCCGGUCCACAGUGGUGACACUGAUAUUACUCCUUACAGCCAAACUGUUGCUAAUGCCCCUGAUCUGCAAGAACAUGGUGGAUCUGUUGGACCACAGCAACACCAGUGCAUUGAACCACUCAAGCCUCUCCAAUUAUGCCUUUCUUUAUGGAGUGUUUCCCACCGCACCAAGUGUGGCUAUCUAUGCUGUCUAUUACAACGCAGAGCUAGAAGUUGUUACCUCAGGGAUGGUGAUCAGCACUUUUCUCUCAGCUCCAAUAAUGUACGUGUCUGCCUGGUUGCUGUCGAUCCCUUGGAUGGAUCCACAGCUUUUGAUGAACUCGCUGCAGAGUGUCACCUUUGACAUAAGCAUUGUUAGCUUAGUUGCACUGGUGUGGACAAUUGCUGUUAUGUUUUUAAGUAAGAAAUUCAAAAGGCUACCUCAUAUGUUAACAGUGAACCUCUUCCUUGCACAGUUCAUAACUUGUAUUGCGAUGAUCCUGUGGAACUUUGUGGUAAAAGAGGACAACUUUGUCGGGCAGGUCCUGACUUUCACAUUACUCUGUACCUCACUCUACAGCACCUAUGUGUGGCCAGGCCUGAUAGCGCUCUCGCUCGUGCUCAUGAAGAGCCAUGACAAUCUGAGGGUUUCACCAGGCAUGUUUGGCCUUGUAGGCUGGGGGGUUCCAGCCUUAGCAACUGCUGUGCUACUCAUUUCUGGUGAAAAAAUGUCUGACACGAUUGAUUCAUCGUUCUUUUAUGGGAAACCACAGAUCAUCUGCACCUCGGUUAUAGCUGCCCUCAGUAUACUGCUGGGAGGGGGCUCUCUUGUGUGUAUCAGUAGAGGAAGCUGGGCCCCAAAUCAACAUAUCCAAGAAGGAAGCUCUGCAGAGGCUCUUGUGACUGAAGUUGAACCAGAAAUUGAGAACCUGUUUGAGCCUGCCCCCCCUUCAGGAGAGCUAAACAGAGCGUGCCUCAUAUGUGACUGUGCACCGGCCCAGCCCAUGCCUGACAUGAUCAUCAGCACUACUAUAAAUAACACGGCAAGAACCCCCACAGGUCAGUGUGAGAACAGCUGUGAAUCUACAGACUGUCUGCUUGUUCAAGUGGAGGAGCUCCAACAGGUUGCAGAUAGACAAGUGGCCCGUCACGUGCUCUUAUGUCUGCUCCUGACUGUCAGCUUGCUCGCUAACUUCUUCAGCUGUUUGUGGUUGCUCUUCAAUCGUCUUCCUGGGAGACUCUACUUGGAGCUGCAGUUCUUCUGCGCUGUGGCCAACUAUGGACAGGGUUUCCUCUCGUUUGCUCUGUUUGGACUGGACAAGCACUUGAUCAUUCUGCCCUUUAAGAAGAGGUUCCUUCGUCUGUGGAAUAGAAACAAGCAAGAGCAGCAGCCGCAGACUGAUUUGUCAGAGGACAUCAGGAUGACCUGCACCCAGUUCACUAAAUACCACAAAGACCAGUGUUUUCAUGACAUAGUCCGAAGGAGGAGGUGUGGGAAGAGGACGAUGGUGGACUGUUUUCUUGGCUGUGAACUUGUGGAGUGGCUUCAGCAGGUGGGCUUGGCUCAGGAUGUUGGUGAGGCAGUACUGUAUGGAACAAAGUUACAGCAGGGGGGUGUGCUCCAGCACAUCAAUCAACAACACAGCUUCCAAGACAGCAGCCUUUAUUACAGAUUCUUGAUUUAAAGGGGUCAUAUUCUUCUUUUUCUGGUUUUAUAUGCUCUUUAGUGUGUUUUCCAAGUGUCCUGUGCAUGUUUAGGCACAUCUAUGUGCAAAAAUUCAAAGUCCGCGUAAACGCAGCUUCUCCUCCGUCCUCCUGUUAGCUGUAGCAUUAGCUGCAUGUAACACUCGGUUCUAGCCCCCCUCGAAAAAAAAUUGCCAAUGUGACGUCUUGUCAGUGUGAGAUCACUGAUCUAAGCCCAUUGGCUCGUUGUGGCAAGCAGCUCAUGUUGCACGCCCAUUAACUCCUUGAGCACGGCCACGAUAUGCCGUAGCCUGCGGUAGCACAGUAGUGCUAAGGUGCUAAUGUUUUUGCUCUCCUCUGAGCCAAAGUGGCUGCAUUCCCAAUAUGGUAAAAGGGGCGUGACAUUUCCGAGAACCGUGCUGAGCGACUGACCCAAUUACGGCAGUGCCGACAGGCCGACCAAUCAGAUCAGAUUUGGCACACGUGGGGACUCUGAACGUGGGCACUUCAGAGCCUUAUAGAGAGAGUCAGAAGAGAGCCGGUGCAUGGAGCGGCAGUACAUGAAAACAGACACUUUUUUAUAACUUUAGCUAUUGUGAACAUACUUUAGUAGGUACACAGAUUAAAUAUAUGAACCCCAAAAAGGGCAUAAUAUGACCUCUAUAAGACGCAAGGUUUUAAGUCCACAUUUUUUUUUUUACCAAAUAUAAAUGGCAUUUUAAGUUCAGACAAAAUUUCUUCAAAUACAGCUUUAGUGCACACAACAGGGAUAAAUAAAGCUGACCUUUUAAAGAGCGCCCUUGCUCAUAGACUGCAAAAAAUGUUUGUAAAGUUUUGCACUGCGUUGCUAAGCAGCAAAACGCUGGAGAUAUGUGGAGUUGGUCUUAAAGGGAAUGAGCAGUGUUUAGAAUCUACUGCGUCUUAGUUUAAAUUAUAUGUUUCCUUCACCAGGGUCAGAAGUGAGGUGAGGACAGGAGCAUGAGCUGUCAGAUUGUAAUACACAUCCUGUUCAGCCUUAAUAAAACCAUUUAAGUUAAAGUACAACUAACUGGUAUUUAUAAUCCUUCAUUCUAUGGAAAAUAUGCAACAUCCAAUGAAAACUGUAGAGAAGAGUUUCAUCAUGCUUAGUUGUCAUUUCUUUUUUAUAAUAGUCUGUGAAGUCAGACUGAGAGAAGUUUAUGAUUUGCCAGAUUCUCUUACGAGCCUAUGAAACAUGUUUUUACUGACGUGUCAUAUAGCAGAUCUGUCAGUGCUGCCUGCCUUAUGUGACACUGCUGUAGGGUGCUGCUGGAGUGAUGCUGCUGAAGCCUUUUUCUGCAUAAAGCCAGCGAGCCAAAUGUGAACAGAAAUGAAAAGGACUGAUGGCCAUAACUACCAAAGCAAAAGCAAAGAUAUGACUCAUUUCAGUCAGUAUAUGCACUUGAUUGCGAUUGCACAAACUGUUUUAUUUCACGUGGUGUCAUAGUGUGAGCAAUAAUGAAGAUCGAAGAUUUGUCAUCAUGAAACACAUUAUAGGCGCAGGCACAAAAGAAAUCCCUCUCCUUUGCUGAAUGUAUUAUUUACAUGACAGGGACAUUUGAGUGUUUAUCACUCUUCUACCAAAGCUUCUUGACAAAGGAAAAAGGGAAAAUGUCAUUAAACCUUUAUUCGUUUGUAGUUUGAUCAGAAGUAGUUGAACUAUGAAUGAAUCACAGAGCUAAGAUAACAUGCAGUUUAACAUGAUUAACACUGUUUUUAGUUAUGUUAGCAGUAUGCAAUUACACCACACUAACAUACAAUAUGCCAUUUUAAAAACCUGAAUGAGCUUUAAACUGGAAAACAAA